CUCUGUUUUGUCUUCUUGUGAUAUGUUCUUACCAACUUUUUUCUCUGCUGGAUAUGUCUGAGUUUGAGGUUGUUUCUGCGCGCCCCCUGUGCACCUGUUCUUCACUCUGCUGUUGGAGCACAAAUGAAGAGGUGCUCGUGCAUGUUGAGUCUCAGCAAAUAAGAUGCGCUUCAUUUCUGAUCUCUCAUCCAUCCCCCCCAAACGCAUCCUUUUUGUCUUUAUAUUCUUUUGCACAUCUUAGCUUUUUGGCAUCGAAAACUCUCGCUCACCCCUCCCACUCCUUGCGUUUUCCCCUGAAAGCAAGAAACCAGGACAGCGCGGCGCGCGACGGGUUAACGCGCACUCACGCUCGUGAUUGGCUGCGGGAGCGGCGCUUUUAGAGAGAGGUAACCAGGCAACUUCAGCUGGAGCAGCGGAGAGAAAGAACAGGGUAAAGGGGAAAAGAAGCGCAAAAAUCCCAUCAGUUUUGGUGUGCGAUAGAAAGGAUGUAGUCCAGGUCUGUGGCUGUCUGUCCCCGGCAUGGGAAAGUGGAUUACUGCUCUUCUACAGACGGUAGAGACUGGAUACGGAGUGAUUGCGCGUGGAUUUUUAUCAUGAGAAGUAUGGAAUCUGAACGCACUACUUUAAAGCCCUUGCUGGGAGUGAAUGCGAUGCCGUGUCGAGGCUAGAGGCAGCGGUGGACUGUUCCAGAGUCAGUGGAAAGCCCCUCUAGAUGAGCCAGUCACAGCCACCCAGCUGCACGGUAAAGGAAUAAGGAUUUAAUAUGUCAACAGAGGCCGAACUCCAGCCUGCUGCCAGACCCAGCGUCAGAAAGGACUCCAAGAAGAGAGGGCAGGACCGCAGUGAAGCAGCUCUGAUAAAGCGUUUUAAGGGAGAUGGCGUUCGUUACAAGGCUAAGCUCAUCGGGAUAGAUGAGGUCACUGCAGCUAGAGGAGACAAACUCUGUCAGGACUCAAUGAUGAAACUCAAGGGAAUCGCAGCCUCUGCGCGGUCUAAAGGAGAACACAAACAGAAAGUUUUUCUGACUGUGUCCUUUGGGGGGAUCAAGAUCUUCGAUGAGAAGUCGGGGGUACUUCAGCACCAUCAUGCAGUUCAUGAGAUUUCCUACAUCGCGAAGGAUAUCACGGACCACAGAGCCUUUGGAUAUGUAUGCGGGAAAGAGGGAAACCAUCGGUUUGUGGCCAUCAAAACGGCUCAGUCUGCUGAGCCGGUGAUCCUCGACCUCCGCGACCUUUUCCAGUUGAUUUAUGAGAUUAAGCAGAGGGAGGAGAUCGAGAAGAAAGCUCAGAAAGACAAACAGUGCGAACAAGCUGUUUAUCAGACGAUUCUGGAGGAAGAUGUGGAGGAUCCCGUGUAUCAGUACAUUGUAUUUGAGGCGGGACACGAGCCCAUCCGUGACCCAUCAGAGGAGAGCAUAUAUCAGGUCCCUACCAGCCAACAAAAGGAGGGAGUUUAUGACGUCCCAAAGCGACAUCCAAACAAACAUAAAGAACAGCUCGAUCUCUUGGAUCUAGACACUGACGUGUUGCUGCUCACGCAGAAUAUCAACCAGUUAGAGCUUUUUGGAGACAUGUCCACCCCUCCAGAUAUCACAUCGCCCUCGACUCCAGCAUCUCCGGCUAACACUCUGGACCCCUUGCUGGCCCACCAGACCCCAUCCGAACUGUUCACCCCCUUCAACCCCGCCUCUGUACCCUCAGGUUAUGUGACGAUGGGAGCCGUGCCACCUGCGUGGGCGCAGCAACAGUUUGCUGCUCAGGCUCCAUUAGCGUUUGGCGUCCAAUCCCCAGUGCAAGUUGCGCAGGUCUUACCGGGCACUCAGCCUCUAAUCUGGGGUCAAGCCAACCUUUUCCCUGCCACUCAGCAGCAGUGGGCUGCGAUGGCUGGGGCUCACUUUUCUCCUGCCGCUUUCAUGCCUGCCCAGACAGUAGGACCACUUCCUGCUGCCAUGUUUCAGACACUGGCUCCUAUGGCAGUGCCGGCAUCCUGCGAGACGCCCACAGCGGCCAUGGGUGGAGCCGUGGCAGGAACCUCGGCCUCCACGGCCUCCAGUCCGCAACAUGGAGAGCGCACACUGCAGAGACAGGCAAAGAUGAGCAAGGAGAUGUUUAAGGAAUUCCAGAUGGCAAAGCCACCGGCCAUGCCUGCCAGGAAGGGCGAGCAGCCUAGCCUAUCCUGCACCACAGACGCUUUCUCCAGCUACUUCAGCAGAGUGGGAAUGGCGCAAGACACGGAUGACUGUGACGACUUCGAUAUCUCGCAGAUGAACCUCACACCCGUCACCUCCACCACACCCUCCACCAACUCACCACCCACCCCGGCCCCUCGGCAGAGUUCUCCAUCAAAGUCCUCAUCCCACGCCAGUGACCCUCCCACCGAUGACUCUUUUGGUGAGGCAGAGGGCAGCCCUAGUCGGAGUGGAGAGGAGGAUGCUGGGAAGGACCCUCUUUAUGCCCAGAUCAACAAGGGGAAGAAGUGAAGCAUCAUGGGAACUCUGCACAGACAUGAUCAGCGCUGGGGGGAGCAGGAGACCAAAAACACUGGAGAUCUGUGUGUGUGUGUGAAUGUGUGCCCGUGUGUGUGCGAGUGUCACUCCAGCCUCAACGGUCCACUUCUCUAGAGCCGCCCGUCCCCCAUCACCACGUCCUCCGCCACUCUCUCCACGACACUUUGUUUCUUUCGCACUGUGUUCAAUGCACAUGACAGCGGGGCAUUGUGGGGGAUUUUCGACCCUUCAGCACCCCUCAUAGCCUUAUGAGCCCAGCUCUGCCGCUUCAUCCAUUCUCACGUUUCCUACUUCCAGUUUCGGACUCUGUAUAGAGGAAACUCUGCCCUGCCGGAUCCAUCUGUGACUUCUUCAUCCAUUUUCUUGGGGUUGGUUUGGAUUUUCCUCUCCUGCGUAUUUGAGAUUCUGCUGCUAGAAAGCUAUGCAGAGCUAAAAAAAAUUUACCGAAAACAAUAUUUCGACGAGGAGGAGCGACUUUUGCCAAAAUCUCAAGAUUUCGGAGCAGCUGAAUCUGACUGGGGGUCUCGAGGGUAAGGACGUUUGCUAAAAACGAGUGAUCAAACUGUUCCUUCUCUAUAGCUUUUGUACAAUACUAAUGAGAAAAAAAACAAAAACAAAAAAAAACAUGAUGUUGAAAUGGAAUUUUUAUUUUAUAAGUCAAGUGGAGCCCUUGAAGUCAACUUUAGAUGUGUUUUAGGGGUAAACAUGGCUUUAAAAAUCGGACCGUUGGUUUGCCAAACUCAUUUUGUAAAUAUUAAUAAUAAUUAUUAUUAUUGAUAAUAAUAAUAAUAAUAAUGAUGACGAUGAUGACGACAAAUAAUAACGAUGAUGAUGAUGAUGAUGAUUAUAACAGUGUUCAUCCCAUCCCGUGGACUUCCGUGCCAUAAAAUAGGCUGGCCUUAGUGAUGCAAACUCCUUAUUAAAACCCAAGCAAUAUGAUCAUGUGUCGCAAAAUCCCAAGCGGUUGCUUUUUUGUUCUUAUUUAAGCAGGGUGUUGAGACUAGCCUGAAAACAACCUGAGAGACUGUUAUAAUGAUUUUAUUUUCAGUGGCUCCAGUGAUAAAUAGAUGGUGUUAUGUUUGUGUGAUCUCUUUCGUUGUGAAGAUGAAGCUGGUUACUGUGAUGAACGAUGAACGGAGCUUCUUUGAAUGUGUAUGUUUAAUGCAGCAAUCUGAAAUCCGCGUGUGCACCAAUGCACAUGCAUAAACACGCUUACAGAGACCUUAAAGUCAAUAUGAUGUCAACAUGUUUUCAUUUUUUUUUUUUGCAUCUUUCUGCACAUUUAUCAGUGCUUGUUACUCCAAAGAGAAAAAAAAAGUCCUCUUAUAGUUUCUUAAAACUUCCAUUUUGACUGACAGUACCCAAAUUCAGUCUUUUUAAAGGGGUUAUGAAUUGAGAAAUCUCAAAUCAUAUAAGAGGUCAUUGUGCUAGACAUUCUGUUAGCAGGGUUGCCAGGUCCAAUAAUAUUUCCCAGCCCAAUAAAAAUUCAAAGCCCACCCAAAAGAAAUGGAAAGUAUCUAAUUUUCCCUCUUAUCCAAUCAGAGUUAAUCAUUGUAUUUUCACUAAGGAAAAGGUUUAAUGUGUACUAUCUUAUAUUUCUGAAACACAAUGGUCUCAAAAUCAUUUCCUGGAGUGCUGUAGCUCUGUCUAGUUUAGCUCCAGCCAGCUCCAAAUCACGCCUGCUUAAUAGUCUCUGGUAGUCUUAAACACUUUGAUUAUCUGGAUCAGCUGUGUUUGAUUAGGGUUGGAGCAAAACUGUGCAGAGCUGCGGCCCUCCAGGAAUCGAGUUUGAGACCUGUUGUAGAUUGUAGAUUUACCAAACAACAAUACUACAAUACUACGCACACCAAACAACAAUACUAAAUACCUUUCUAGAUCAAUUUCUAUCAGAGAUGGCAAAAGUACUCACAUCCUUUACUUAAGUAGAAGUACAGAUACUCAUUUAAAACGACUCUGGUUUAAAGUAAUGACUACACUUUUGUACUUAAGCAAAAGUAAAGAAGUUCUGCCUCAAAAAAUGUACAAAGGUAAUAAAAGUCAAAAGUACAUGUUUCAACCACAGUCCCAAAGACAUGCGGUAUAGGUGAAUAAUUCAACUAAACUGGCAUUGUAAAAAUGUGUGUGUGAAUGUGAGUGUGUAUGGGUGUUUCCUAGUACUGGGUUGCAGAUGGAAGGAAAUCCGCUGUGUAAAACAUGCUGGAAUAAUUAUAUUUUUAUUUAUAUAUUGCCCAGUAUACUUAGAUUUGUUGUUGAAAAAUAUUUCUUAAAUUAUAUUAACUGAGAAAAAAGGUAUAGACCUAUGUAAAAUCAAUAGGCAAAUUAAAAAAAAUCAAUAAAAACUAAAAAACAGCAUAAAUUCUGUAUUAGGAAUUAUGAACUUAUCAGAAAUAAAGGAAAUAAACUGCAAUUGAUCAUUUUUUUUAUAUAAAUAAUUUGAUUGUUUUAGUAGUAAAUACACAAAACAGCACUAUUUUUGUGGUAUUAGAUUGAAAGACCAGAGUAAGCCCAUGCAAUCUGAAGUAAACGAAGGCUUAAGCAUUUAAACGGCAUGCUUUUGAACUGAAAUUUGUAUCUCUAGUCUACCUGUGAUCCAAACGAGCAAAAGGUGUCUUAUUACCAUGUAAACAGGGCAGCAUCAGUCAUGUUAGAUUCGCCGUCUCCCUCUGUCACAUCUGCAUGGUCAUGCUAGCCUUUUUUAUAGUAAUCUUUAUAAACUAGCCCAGGUACGGUGCGCGAUAGCCUUAAAACGGCCACACAGUGCAGCACGCAAGUGCGCAAUGAGAAAAAGUGUACUGACUGCAUCAAAACUGUGUUCUUAUAAUGCGCAAUGACAAGAAAUAAUAUAGAUUGCGCCACCAAACACAUGAAAAUAAAAGUAACAACCGUGGUUUAAAAAAUGUAA